AUGGAAGAUGUCAAAGUGGUUGCUUGGCUCGUUUCCUUCUUUAUGUGGAAUUGGGUGCCGAUGGUUGUUGAGGGCACUGACACCCUUCUCUCUCCAAAGGGUGUCAACUAUGAAGUGGCUGCUUUGAUAUCCAUGAAGAGUAAGAUGAAUGAUGACUUGCAUGUCAUGGAUGGUUGGGAUAUUAAUUCGGUUGACCCUUGUACUUGGAACAUGGUCGGUUGCUCUGCCGAGGGUAAUGUGAUUUCCCUGGAAAUGGCCAGUUCGGGUUUAUCUGGAACGAUUUCCUCAGGAAUUGGAAAUUUGAGCCACCUUCAAACAUUGUUAUUGCAGAACAAUCAGUUAUCUGGUCCCAUCCCGGCUGAGAUUGGGAAGCUGUUGGAACUUCAGACCCUUGACCUUUCUGGUAACCAGCUUAUUGGGGAAAUUCCUAGUUCUUUGGGCUUUUUGACUCAACUUAGUUACUUGCGGCUCAACAAAAAUAAACUAUCUGGACAUAUCCCUCAACUUGUUGCUAAUCUCACAGGCCUUUCAUUCUUGGACUUGUCAUUCAAUAAUCUCAGUGGUCCCACUCCAAAAAUUUUAGCAAAAGGUUAUAGUAUUUCAGGAAACAACUUCCUCUGCACAUCUUCCACACAAAUUUGUAUGGACGUUUCAAAACCUGUAAAUGAUACCGGAUCAUCUCAGAAAGUCAAUAUUCAUCACCAAAGGGUGCUUUCUGUUGUUAUUGGCUUUAGUUGCACAUUUGUAAUUUCAGUGAUACUGCUUGUCUAUUGGUUGCAUUGGUACAGAUCACGCAUCCUCUAUACAUCUUAUGUGGAGCAAGAUUGUGAAUUUGAUAUUGGUCAUUUGAAGAGGUUCUCCUUCCGCGAAUUGCAAGUUGCUACUGGAAAUUUCAGUCCAAAAAAUAUCCUUGGACAAGGUGGUUUUGGUGUUGUCUACAAAGGAUGCCUUGCAAACAAAAUGUUGGUGGCAGUAAAGAGGCUGAAAGAUCCCAAUUACACUGGAGAAGUGCAGUUUCAAACCGAAGUUGAGAUGAUUGGCUUGGCUGUGCAUCGGAACCUCCUGCGUCUUUAUGGAUUUUGUAUGACACCAGAUGAAAGGUUACUUGUUUAUCCUUACAUGCCAAAUGGCAGUGUUGCUGAUCGCUUGAGAGAAACUUGCCGUGAAAAGCCAUCUUUGGACUGGAACAGACGGAUGCGUGUUGCUCACGGGGCUGCGCGCGGGCUUCUUUAUUUGCAUGAACAGUGCAAUCCAAAAAUAAUACACCGGGAUGUUAAGGCUGCAAACAUCUUGUUAGAUGAAAGUUUUGAAGCUGUGGUGGGGGAUUUUGGUCUUGCUAAGCUCUUAGAUCAAAGGGAUUCACAUGUAACCACUGCAGUGCGGGGCACUGUAGGGCACAUUGCACCAGAGUAUCUCUCAACUGGACAAUCUUCUGAAAAAACGGAUGUUUUUGGAUUUGGCAUAUUACUUUUGGAGCUCAUAACAGGACAGAAGGCACUGGAUGCUGGAAAUGGUCAGGUGCAAAAGGGAAUGAUUCUUGAUUGGGUUAGGACCUUAUUUGGAGAGAAGCGGUUGGAAGUGUUAGUUGAUAAGGAUCUGAAGGGAUGUUUUGAUCCAGUAGAGUUAGAAAAAGCAGUGGAGUUGUCUUUACAGUGUAGUCAGUCACUUCCCAGUUUGCGGCCAAAGAUGUCAGAAGUCUUAAAGAUUCUAGAAGGCCUGGUGGGGCAGUCAGUGCGGCCAGAAGAGUCACAAGGGGGGGCUAACCUAUAUGAUGAAAGGACUUGCAGUUUCUCUCAAAAUUACAGUGAUGUUCAUGAAGAACCUUCCUUUGUUAUUGAAGCCAUUGAGCUUUCUGGACCUCGGUGACAAUUGAGUGUAGUCUGUUCCAUUUUGCAAGUCUACAUGUACAUGAGUUUUUGCAUUUUAUCAGUAUAGAUA